AGUUGUUUUUUUCUGUCGUUUGCUUUGCAUUGUAGAAGAUUGAGAAGGUUUUGUUGAUAUUUGACCUAAAAAUACAAACAACAUUAAUAUUAAAUACUGAGUGUGGCAAAGGAUAUUAUCAAGGAAAUCAUCAACCUUUUCUUGACUUAAGUUAAAUAAAAGUAUGUCGAGUAUUGUAAAUAUAUGAAAAAUGAUGUCGCCCGUAAAUGUAAAUUCUUCAUACUUUUAUAGCUUUAGAACGAUAAUAUUCAGUUGGACUAUACAAGUAGUCUAUGAUCAGAGUGCAAUGAAUUAUCAAGUUGAAUAUAUAUAGUCGCUAGUGUUUUUGGGCUCGAUGAAACUUAAAAUCAUUGGAUCAAACUUUCCCAAAAAAAAUCAUUCAAUUUUUUCUCAUUGUAAUAAAAAUCGAAUCGAUUUCUGAUGUUAACAAGUUUUCGAAAUAUCUUCAAAACUAAUGCCAUCUACAUCAGAAUUUUAUUCAUAUCUCCUAAACUGUCUUCUAUCGGAUACUAAACCAAAGAUAUUUGAAAUCAGAAAAAUUAAGUUGAUUUUUCAUGAAAUUUUCAUUCAAUCAUUUUGAGUUUCACCCAACUAACAAGAAAAUGUAUGCCACUGGCAUUUUUUGUCACGUUUCAUGUCAUCAGGCCACAUACGAAAAGAUAAGCGAGAAAAUAACUAUCAAAUUAAGUUUACACGUGUCCUCUCAGACAGAAAAGAAGACAUUCAGUAUCGGUGUAUCGCCAACAUAUGCACUUGUAUAUAUCCUUGCUCGACUUGAUAAUAAUAAUUGAGGCGUAGAGAGUAUGGGUCUGGAUGUCAGUGCGUGGGUGUGGAUGAAGAUGCAGAGAUUAUUCAAAUCUGCACGCCACACUCACGCCCUAUGUGAAAGUCGUCAUCAUAUCGUGAUUUAAGUUUUGUGUGCGAUAUAUUGAGAGCAAGAACUGUAAUUUCUUUUAUAUAAAGGUCUACAUUCUUCUUUGUUUUACUCUUGUAAUUGAUAAGAAGAAACGCAACACAUAAAGAGUCCAACAAUAAAAACAAUCCAUCAUAAACAUAUAAAUAAUACAGAGAAGUCUAUAUACUUGACAGACAGGUAACUCUAUCUAGAAUGAACCAAUCUUGACAACUGUCAAUAUUCCAUGAAGUCAUUCAUUAGGUAUGCUUCUAAGUGAACCUUACUGCGAACGAAUUUAAGAUUGAUAAGUUCGGUAUACUGGUGGAUAGAGUGCAUCAAUUAAAAAUUUCUCAUGUAACACAGUUUAACAAAAGUAAGGAUGUAAGUGUUGAUGUUUGGCAACAUCAUACAUACAAGCACAUCAACAUCCACAUUCUCUUGACGAAGUUGUUAAUUCAAGAUUUACGAUUGAGUUGACUAUUACAUGCCUGUUCGUUUGCUAUCAUUUCUUUCUCUAAUAAUAGCAUAUGACUCACAGAAUGAAGAGACUACUUCUUUGCAUCGUAUAUAUGUUUUUUUUCUCUACAGGUAGAACAGCCUUUUCUUUCAUUUUUUCCAAUUACAAUGUUGUUGUUUUGCAUACUAUUUUUUAAUACUUACUUAUUUCAUCUGUUAUUGCUUAUUUGCUGUGAAACUCAGAGAAGUAUUAGCAACUAUGACAUUGCGGAGUGUGAAGGUGGAUCCAUCUGAUAGAAAAAGAAGACCCACAUCGACACCCACACACCCUCUACGCAUAAGUUUUCACAGCCACGUGUAUUUUUUUCGUUCUUCUUGCACAGAGAGGAAAAAAGCAAUUUUUCUUUUGUGUUCGACCAAAAUUUAAAGUGUAAUGCAAAUAAAUGACACUUAUGAGCCAUUGCAUGUAAGCCACGACCAGAGUUGCCGUUUUUUGUUUUUUUUUAACCCAUGGGUAACCCAACCCAUAGCCGGUAGUUGAUUGGGUGGAAAUCAGUUCAACUAUUUUUUUUUUAUUAACCCAUGGGUUACAGGGUUGGGUUGAGCAGCUUAACCCUACCCAUUGGGUAACCCAUUGGGUUAACCCUGGGUUUUAUAAUAUUUGAAUUUUGCAUUAAGUAUUAUUAAGAGAAAUGUAAGUUCAAAUCCCGCUGUAUAAAUUGUUAAUAAAAUGAAAAAUCAUUUUAUAGGAUAUACAAUAAUAGAUAUUAUUUUUAUUUUCAUAUGGAUAAAAAGAUAAUCUUCACCGUGGUGGGUGUGGGUGUAGCUAGAAAAUAGAACAUCAGCACCCACACCAACACUCCGACGACGGAGAAAAUAAAGAGAAAAAAAGAGAAAAUAAGUUAUUGUCUUUUUACUCUUUAUUCUCUCUGUCGUCGGAGUUGAUUUUACACUUCAGAAUGUAAAUUUCAUAUAACUUAUAUCGAAUUUACAUUCGAUCAACCGACCAAAGAAAAUUAAGGCACUGAUAAAUCACAUACGCCAUAUCGUAACGACACCUUCAUUAAAUAAAAUUUUCUAUAAUUAUUCUAUAGAAACAGAGUUAAUUUCAUGGGUUCAUUCAAUGGUCAACCCUGGGUAACCGGACAGGGUUUGAAUCUGAAAUUGGGUGGAUGGGUGGAUUUUGAGAUUUUUCAAAUGUCGACCCAACCCACCGGAUUGGGUUAGAAGCUAACCAUUGGAAGCUCCAACCCAACGGGUUGGACGGAUUAACCCACCCAUGCGACACCUCUGGCCACGACCUGGAGUGCUCAAUCGACCAUCUCCGAUUUUGUUCAUUUUUAUAUAUGUGAUAGAGGAAAGUGUUUGAUGAUGUUUGCCGAAAACUGCAUGGUAAAAUAUUGAUCCACUGGGUUUUUAUUGAACUUCUACGAAAACUCUCAAAAUCCUCAAUCAUGAGAAAACCGUCCAUUGUUACGACUGUAUCUCGAGAACGGCUGAACAGAUCGAGCUGAAACUUUCUAUGAACACUCACAGCUAAUGAUGCUAUCAUCAGAAAAAAUUUCAAGCGAAUCACUUGUACCAUUGGUUUUCUGCAAAUACUCUUUGGAGGGAUGAAAAUGCUAAUUUUAUCCAGUUUUGGGAUGGGUGUGGGUGUGGGUGUGGGUGUGGGGUGUGUGUAUGGGUGGGUGUGGGUGUGGGUGCGGGUGGGUGUGGAUGUGGGUGAGUGGGGUGAGGGUGUGGGUGGGUGUGGAUGUGGGUGGGUGUGGAUGUGAGUGUCAUGUGGGUGUAGAUGAAGACUUAUCACACAUCCACCCGCACACCCACAGCCACACCCACACACCCACCCACACCCACCCUUUGUUAAACUUGCAAGUUAAUUAAGCAAGAUAUAUUUAACACUGAUGUCAAAUUAUUUCUAAUUCUUUUAACUUUUCUUUUUCAUGCUCAUUUUCUAUUAAUAUUUUUCUAUAUAACAUAAAUUUAUUCUUUUUGAAUUCAUUUUUUACAUUGUAUUAAUCGAAAAUGGAUUUAUUUUUUAGGCCUGUAGCUAUAGAUAAAUUUAAUUAUACUCUAAUUUAUGAAGCAUUCUUUGGUGGUGUAGCAGCAUUUCGUUCACCAGAUAUUCUUGCUCGUUAUAAAUUGAUUCGUACAUAUGAUCAUGUAGCUGCUGAAUUAAAUCCACAUGGUGUUAAAAUAUUAAUGUCAAAAUACGAUUAUAAUCUUGAUGGUAUAAAUACAACAAAUUAUAUCGUACAUAAUAUAGUUUUUUAUAAAUUAUUUACAUUAAUUAAUGUAACAUUACCUGAAGAACUAUUCGAACAUAUUCAUACACGUUUAAAUAUAAAAAAUAAAAAAUAA